AGCAGGAGCUUGUUAUUCCAGCUUACACAGAUAAAUUCACCCAACAACUAGAGGAAACAAAUUUGUUGGAAAAUCCUCAGGAACCUGCUGGAUCCUCAAGCAAUAAUAUUCAUCCUACCACAACCUCGGUCAUCACUGAAGUAUUUUAUGGGCCUCUAGAGAGGAAAAAUUAUGUGAGACAGUUUGGAGAAGGGAGGCAAGCAAAAUUCUGUCUAGACAUCAUGCAAGGAACUGGUGCCAGCCUAAUUAAUUUUGUCAAAGAUCAUGGCCUCUACAUUACAGUCUCUGGUAAUCCAGAAGCCGUCAUAAAAGCUCAGGAGAAACUUUUUGCAUGGUUUCAGGGAGAAGUUUUAACUACAGUUUCUAUUCCUGAAGAACAUCAUUAUUUUGUUAAAGGCGAGACUGAAGGAAAACGAAAAGGCUUGGGACAAAAAGUUGCAACUAACGCCCAGAUUUUAUGCCCAGAUAACUACAGCAAUGUUGACACAAAAGAGGUCAUGAAGAAAACCCCACAGGAAGUCUUAUUUAUAUCUGCUAAACAAGACAAGUGUGAUGUAGAGAGGUUAGAUGUGGAAAAGGUAUGUAAUCCCAUCAUCGUUGGGCCAUACAAUAAAACUAUUGACAUUAUACAGGAAAGAGAGGCACAGAUCCAUAUUCCACCACCAAGUGCCAGUAAAACAGAAAUAGUUUUCACAGGAAGACAGCAGCAACUACAUCAGGCUGAGGCUUAUGUAAAAGAGGGUUUUGAGAAUACCCAAAAGAAAACCACAACCAUAAAUGUGGACAUGAAAUUGCAGCACACAUAUACCAUAUGUCCCAAGAGCAAUUCUGUGCAGGAGGUCCUGGAAAGAACUGGAGUGUCAGUAGAGACCUCACACUCAGAGAGCACAUCAGAUUCUGUGGCAUACCAAGAUGAGCCUGAAAGUUUAGGAGAGGCAUUUACUGAAGCCUAUUGGAAGGAAGGUUACCUUGUUUCCUCCAUCUCUGCACCUUCCUGGCUUCAUAGGUUUAUUAUUUGUAAGAAAGGUGAGACUAUAUCCAAAAUAAUUCACAGCAUGUCAAAAGUUUGUAUAGAGUUUACUGGAGAAGAUAAAAUUACCCUAAAAGGACCAGUAGAAGAUGCUAAUUAUGCUCAAAAACAAAUUGAGAUCAUAGUCAAAGAUCUAAUUAACAGAAUGGAUUAUGCAGAGAUCAGUAUUGACUAUAAAUUUCACAAGCAUCUGAUAUGGAAGAAUGGUGUCAUAAACAGAAUUGAAGAAAAGAAUAAGGUUUCUGUGUUAAUCUUACCUGAACGUGAAAAAAAUAACUUGAUCAGAAUUGAGGGAGAAUCUCUGGGUGUCCAGCAGGCCAAGAGAGAACUUCUUGAACUUGCUGCUAAUUUAGAAAAUCAUCAAAACAAGGACUUAAUCACUGAGCAAAAAAUUCAUGGUGCAAUCAUUGGGUGGAAAGGUGAAUGCAUCCGUGACAUCUGUAAGAAAUUCCCAGAAGUUAUGAUUAAUUUUCCAGACCCAGCACAAAAAAGUGACAUCAUCCAACUUAGAGGGCCAAAACAUGAAUUAGAAAAAUGCACACAGUAUUUGGAGAACGUGGUGACAGACAUUGUAGAAAAUAGCUACUCCAUAACUAUUCCCAUCUUCAAAAAGCUUCACAAAAAUAUCGGAAAAGGAGGUGAAAACAUCAAGAGAAUCUGUUCAACAAGCAACACCAAGAUUAAUCUUCCACCAGCAAGUAGCAACUCAGGGAAUAUUGUCAUUAGGGGAAAGCCAGAAAAUUGUGAAAUAGCUUAUAAAUCGAUUCUUCCAAUUCAGAAAGAUAUAGCUAACAUUUCAGAAGUGGAAAUUCAUAUUUCUUCUGAUUUACACAAAUCCCUUGUUGACUCCAAAGACUGUUUGAUUGGCACAAUCUUAAAAGAAUGUGGGAAGAUCCAACUUCAUUUUCCAAGAAACAACUCAGGCCUUCAAAGAGUCAUUAUUAAGGGCCCUGCCCAAAGUGUUGAAAAGGCCAAGAAAAAGCUGCUGCAGCUAGCAGAAGAAAAGCAAACCAAGAGUUAUGCUGUGGCCCUCCAUGUCAAAUCACAGUAUCAUCAAUUUCUCAUGAGUAAAAAUGGUGGCAAUGUUCCCAAAGUCUGUGAUGAGACUGGAGUGCAUGUUCGUUUCCCUACUCCUGAGGAAAAGGAUCGAGAACUGCUAACUAUCUCAGGGACAGAGAAGGCUGUCAAAAACAUACAAAAGAAACUAGAGGAUUUAGUUAAAAGCCUAGAUAAUGUGAUAGAAGAUAACAUAAUGGUAAAUCCAAAGUACCACCAUCACUUUAUUAUGCAAAGGGGGCAGGUUCUAUGGGACAUGACUGAGGAAUAUGGUGGUGUGAUUAUUAAUUUCUCAUGUUCAGGAAAACAGAGCAACAGAGUCACAAUCAAAGGAUCAAAGCCUUGUGUAGAAGCAGCCAAGAAACAUAUUCAGGAAAUUAUUUUAUGCUUAGAUUCCCAAGUCACAACAGCAUGUGUUAUUCCCCAGAAGUUCCAUCAUUCUGUCAUGGGACCAUUGGGUUCUGGAAUCCAACAAAUCACUGAUUAUAAUGUUCAAAUCAAAUUCCCAGACAGAAAGGAGAGCCCAGUUACUAAUAUAGAGCCUGUUGUUCAGAAAAAUGGGAAAGAAAUUGAAUAAAAGAGCACUAAAGUGUCUGCUUCUAUUUCCCGAAGGAAAUGUGACACCAUAUUUAUAGCAGGACAAAAGGAAAAGUGUGAAGCAGCCACAGAAGCUCUUGAAGAUUUAAUUCCUAUCACUGCUAAAGUAAAUGUGCCCUCUGACCUUCACUGUUACAUCAUUGGCCAGAAAGGUACUGGGAUACACAAAAUAAUGGAUGAGUUUGAAGUGAAUAUACAAGUGCCAGCACCUGGAUUAGAGUUGGAUGUCAUUUCCAUCACUGGCCUUGCUGCAAAUGUGGAACAAGCUAAGGCUAGAUUACAAGAACGAGUCAAGGCUUUACAAACUGAAAUAGAAGAUCAAGCAUCAAGAAAUUUUACACUAAAGUUCACUGUAGACCCCAAAUAUUACCCCAAGAUCAUUGGUCGAAAGGGGUUAAUAAUUACUCAUAUUUGCUUAGAACAUAAAGUAAGUAUCCAUUUUCCAUGUAAAGAGAGCAGUGAGAUACAAGACCAAAUCAUCAUCACUGGAUGUGAAAAAAACACUUUAGCUGCCCGGAAUGCAAUAAUGAAAAUGGUGCAUAAGUUUGAAAAAAUAGUUACUAAGCAAAUCUCAAUAAAUCAUCGUGUUCUUAGACACAUUAUUGGAUGCCAUGGAAAAACCAUUGAUAAAAUCAUGAAUCAAUUCCAAGUAGACAUCAGUUUCUCUCCAAAAGGGGCCUCAGAUCCAAAUGUUGUCACUGUGACUGGACUCCCUGAUAAAGUCACAAAAGCAAUUGAUCACAUCCUCAUUCUAGAGGAGCAUUAUCUGUCUGUUAUCAUAAAGCAUGAAUCUCAGCAGGACGAUAUGAAAAGAUCCCCUGACAUAAACAGCUCUGAAGACAUUCCCAGCUCGGAGCAUCAGGUAUCCCCUGAGAAUCUCUCCCUUGGAGAUGCAAAGAGCAAUGUACACAUUUCUUCUUAG